AAAGCGAGGAGGGGAAAACGACGGCCGUCAGGGUCGGACUAUACGGAGAGGGGGAGGACUGAGUGAGACCAAGUGAUUGUUAGACAGAAGAGGCAGUUUGAAUGACGGCGCACCUGGUGCUUCUGAGGGCAUUUCCCAUGUUUUGAUUUGCUCCAUUUUUAUUUUUAUUUUUUUAUUUUUUUUUUACUUUGUGAACUCGCUUUCAUCAAGCUGCCUUUUCGCCAUGCCGUCCAACAGUCCUGCUGUCACCGAACUUCCCCAGACACCAGACAACAAAGCCUCCAAGGAUGUGAGUGAAGAUGGAGCAGAACAGGAUAGUCCUGAGGAGGCAACGCUGGGGACCCCACCCGAACAAGCGCAGAGUGGGCCGUCCGAGCAGGAAACGCAAACAGUUCCUUCCUGAAAUGGUGGCCUCUGGUACCUGUGCCCCGCCGACACUGCUUGAGGAUCUGGAGCCACUCCCUUCCCCUUGCAAGAAACGUGGUCGUCGGAAAUUAGAGCAAAACGAGAAGAAUACGGAUGAACCAGACGACAGAAGUUGUGACUCCCCCAAAGAGGGUGAGACGGGGAGGUUGCGUAGGACACCGGUCCCCAGGGUGACUUUCCAGGCCGGAGAUCCGUACUACAUCAGCAGGAGACAAAAGGAAGAAUGGCUCAGCCGCUGGAAGAUGGAGGCAGAGAGACGGGCUUACAGAGAGGCUGAGAUGAGCAUAAUGGACGAUUUAUCCGAAGCAGACUUUCAAAAAGAAGACGAGCCAGCCAGCCCGGAGCCGCCUCCGUCCCAGCAACAAACAGACCCCGCCUCGCCAAUCGUGGCCGUAACACCGGACCCGGUCGCCAGAGGAGACCAGGCAACACCCAGAGAGAUAGAGUACCAGGAUGGCAGGGGCUUUGGCAUCGGUACGCUGGUGUUUGGGAAGCUGCGAGGAUUCUCCUGGUGGCCCGGCAGGAUUGUUUCCUGGUGGAUGAGUGGCCGUAGUCGAGCCGCCGACGGGACCCGCUGGGUCAUGUGGUUUGGAGAUGGCAAAUUUUCUGUGGUUUGUGUGGAGAAGCUGAUGCCGCUGAGCUCUUUCUCAUCUGCCUUCCACCAGCCAACCUACAACAAACAGCCUAUGUACCGGAAAGCCAUCUUUGAGGCUCUGCAGGUAGCAAGUGUGCGAGCAGGACGUCCUACUCCUUCCUGUGACCCGAGCGAUGAUGCGGAAGGGGUGGAGCCUCAGACAAGACAGAUGAUAGAGUGGGCCAUGAAGGGGUUCUUACCCAAUGGCCCACAGUCACUGGACCCUCCUGAGGACGAGCAGAAUCCAUACAAAGACGUCUACUCCGAAAUGUGGACAGAACCAGAGGCGGCGUACACUCCUCCCCCUGCUAAGAAACCCCGCAAGAACGCAGUGGAAAAAGUCAAGAUAAGAGAGGUGAUCGAUGAAGGAACCAGAGAGAGGCUUAUACAGGAGAUUAAACAGAAAACCCGGAACAUAGAAGACAUCUGUAUCUCCUGUGGAAGCCUCAACGUCUCAUUGGAGCAUCCUCUCUUCAUGGGAGCAAUGUGCCAAGGCUGCAAAAAUUCCUUUCUGGAGUGUGCUUACCAGUAUGACGACGACGGCUAUCAGUCCUACUGCACCAUCUGCUGUGGAGGCAGGGAGGUGCUCAUGUGUGGCAACAACAACUGCUGUAGAUGUUUCUGCGUGGAGUGUGUGGACCUUUUAGUUGGCACUGGUUCAGCAGCGGUAGCCAUCAAAGAGGACCCCUGGAACUGUUACAUGUGUGGGCCACGAAGCAUCUACGGGAUACUGCGACGUCGAGAUGACUGGCCUUGCCGACUACAGCAUUUUUUCGCCAACAAUCAUGAACAGGACUUUGAGCCAGCCAAGUUGUAUACUCCAGUUGCAGCAGAGAAGAGGCAGCCAAUCAGAGUCUUAUCACUGUUUGACGGCAUUGCCACAGGUCUGCUGGUGCUAAAGGAUCUGGGCCUCCAAGUGGACAAAUAUGUGGCGUCAGAGGUGUGUGAAGACUCCAUCACUGUCGGCAUGGUCAGACAUCAGGGACGCAUUAUGUACGUCGGUGAUGUGCGCAACGUAACCCAUAAACAUAUUGAAGAGUGGGGACCAUUUGACCUGGUGAUAGGAGGAAGUCCCUGCAAUGACCUCUCGAUAGUAAACCCUGCACGGAAGGGCCUUUACGAGGGAACCGGUCGCCUGUUUUUUGAGUUCUACCGUCUGUUGCAUGAGGCUCGACCAAAAGAGGGCGACGGUCGACCUUUCUUCUGGCUCUUUGAGAAUGUGGUCGCCAUGGGAGUCAGUGACAAGCGGGACAUAUCGCGCUUCUUAGAGUGCAAUCCCGUGAUGAUAGACGCCAAGGAGGUUUCCGCUGCUCACCGUGCUCGAUAUUUCUGGGGAAACCUGCCUGGCAUGUCAAGACCCCUGACACCCAUGAACAAUGACAAGCUGGACCUGCAAGAGUGUCUUGAGCAUGGUCGCACAGCCAAGUUUGAGAAGUUGCGUACGAUAACGACACGCUCCAACUCUGUGAAGCAGGGGAAAGACGAACAUUUCCCCGUCUACAUGGACAGCAAGGAGGACAUCCUAUGGUGCACUGAGAUGGAAAAGGUGUUCGGUUUCCCUGUCCACUACACCGACGUGUCCAACAUGAGUCGUCUGGCCAGGCAAAGGCUGUUGGGGCGUUCCUGGAGUGUACCCGUCAUCAGACACCUCUUUGCCCCUCUAAAGGAAUACUUUGCCUGCAACUAAUCACACAACGACAUUCUCUCUCUUUCCCAGACACACACACACACACACACGCACACACAUUUGUGGCACACAGUUCACAGCUUGUACAUGAAGGUUGGCUGACGCAGAUGAAACAGAUGACCAGACACACACACACACACACACACACACACACACACACUGCUAACAGCUUCAUCCCUUGAUUCCAUUUAAACUACAGGCUAAUCUUGCUCCCCAGGUGCUACCUUGCUGACUUACACACUUGCUAGUGCAGGAUGUGUGUAUUGUACAUCUUCACACACACAUACACGCACACAAACUUCCACCUCCAAAAGACCUUAAACUGAUGUCUUCUGCUGUUUUUUUGCAUUCGUUACAGUCUCCACAUUACAUACCACCACCAAAAACAAACUUUACUCACGUGUAGUGAAGUGAAGGUGCUCUACGUCAAUGCAUUAAGUGCAAAUAACAUAAAUAUACAAACUCACGUACACACCAGCUUCAAACCCGCGGUGCUGGCCUGUCAGCCAUGGAGGCCGUUUGGUGCCACUUUCAUCUUGGUGCUCUUUCAGAGGCUUUAAGGUCGCAAAUGUUUUGUUUUCCCUUGUCGCCGUUCCGUGUCCCUAACAGAGUUCAGCCAAAUACUCACCAAGCGGGCGCAGCUUGCAAUGAGGUUGCUUGACUGCCGUGAGAGAAGGAUUACAAAGACAAUUUAGCUAUAAAAAAAUCUCAGUGGAUGAGUUAAACAUCAGUGGAGUGGGUCCAAAGCAAUGAAUGAGCAAAAUGUACGUUCACUUUGUGCUGGAUAGUGGCAGAGUCUCCAAGUAUAGUGUGGUUGAGCUUUUAAGUACUUUUAGUAGGAUUUCAAACAAAAAGUGAUGCACUGUGUUACUUGAAACUUACUUUUUUUUUUUUUUUUAAAGAAUAUUCCAAAAACUGUACGCCCUUGUAUUAUACUCUAUAUUUAUGACUAUAAAAUGAUGGAAAAAAAUAGCAUUUGUGUAGCAAAACAGCAUUUCCAGCACUACUGAACAACAACUUGAACAUGCCAGUGCUAAGCUUUUUAUGAAACGUCCUACUAAAUGCUUCUGAGUAGCCAUUAUGUAAUUGUUAACCAUUGUGUCAGGUUUGUAGAAUGGUAACAUGGAGUGCAAAACUUAACCGCGGCCAGCAGAGGCGCUGUUGCCUCAGUGCUACAGCACUAAAUAAACUCCUUGUGUCAGCAAUAACAGGAAUUCAUAAUGUUGAGCGAUCGAGAUCCCAUUAAAAUGAAUAUUUAUAAAAUAAUGUAGUACUUAAAUAGGAUAUUGUACUAAAUUUCCAUACAAUAAGUACAAUAAAAAACAAUAAUGCAUUAUAAUAAAGUAAUUAUAUAAUAUUUAUGUCAUAAGAUGAGCCUAACUUGAUUCAAUAUUACAAAUGUACUGUCAUUCCUUGAUGCUAUGCAACAAUCUACAAGAACACUGCUGUCGAUUAUAUUGUCUGUUGUUAUUCUUCUUCUUUUUGUGUCUUUGAAGCAUGUGGUUACAUGACAGUUUCCCAUUUCUUUACACAGUCUUUUGCAUUGUUGUUGAACUCUGCGAGAUCUUUUAAGCUGCACUGGUUGAGUAGCAGAGGACAGACAAGGCAGUGCUGCAUCGUGUGGUCCUCUUCUCCGCAUUCGCAGGUGGUUGGGCCGGUUUUGUAGCCCCAUCUGGCCAUAGCAGCUUUUGAUCGCCCUGUUCCUGUUCUCAGGCGGUUUAGUGUCUUCCACUGGACCCAUGGUGUUUCUGACCCAGGGGGCAGAUCUUCAAAAGGGGGGAUUCCCAUGUCAAUAGGAGGGGGGUCUUUCUCUAAUUUUUGUGUCCAUAGCUGGAGUCUGGUUUCUUCCCAAGAUGUUGUUAGGGGCUGGACAUUGCUGAGGAAGCUUCUCCUUGACUUCAGACGUUGGGCUGAGGGUUUACGUCCAUAGAGGAGGUGGCGUUCAUCACUGGUAGCUUUUGUGAACUCUACUCGGCUGGCAACUUCCCGUCUCACGUCUGCAGGGGCGAUACCAGCGAGGAGAUGUAGGUUGUUCAGGUUGGUAGGCUUCAAGCAACCAGUGAUCAAGUGGCAGGUGUUGUUCAGUGCUGGGUCGAGUUUUUGGCAUGGGUUGAUCUCUCCCAGACAGGACAUGCAUACUCCGCCGAGGAAUAGCACAGGGCCAAAGCAGUACAUCUUAGUGUGUGUGCUGUGGCUCCCCAUUUGGAAUUUGUCAGUUUCUGUAAGAUGUUGUUUCGGGAGCUGACUUUCAGUUUGGUGUUUUUGAUGUGUUCCUUGAAGGAGAGUGUGCGGUCCAGGGUUACGCCAAGGUAGACAGGGUUGGUACAAUUCUCAAGUGGUGUUCCAGACCAUUUGAUGUUAAGAGGUCUGUUUGCAUCCCGGUUCCUGAGAUGGAACGAGCAGACUUGGGUCUUCGCAGGGUUUGCGUGUAGAUGGUUUUGCUCUUCUGUUGUUAUAAAGUGAUCGCAAUGAUUUGUUCACUUGCCCAAGCGGUCAGAUUGCCCAAGCAGUCAGAUUAAGACUCUUAUGAAAUCAAACUUCUGAUGUAGUUAUUACGAGUGAAUCUUCGGGCAUUAAACUAUUCGAUCCAAUUCAUGGUGCGACGAUGUGAUUCAAAAUCUAUUUUCGAGUCAAAACAAUUCUUGCAAUAUAUUAUUUGGGAUAAUACAGUAUUUAUAUUGGAACUUUAUAAACACAGGUUACAGGUUAGAAAAUAACUUUCUGGUUUGCACAGAGAUCGCUUAAAAUGUAUUUCAAAACACGUAUUCUUUAAAAAAAAAUAUAUAUAUAUGUAUAUUUCUUUAGUAUCCAUUUUUGAAAAUUAUGAAUCUAUUUAGAAUCAGAAUGAUUUGGAUGAGAAUCGAUUUUUUUGUGCACCCCUAGUAGUUAUUCAGUAACGUAACAUGUACAUUAUAUCCACUAUAUUUUAUUUAUAGAUAUAGGCAAGACUUUCCAACUUUACAGUUUGUAACAAUCCUGCAGCCUGCGUGUACAGUAUGUCUUAUCGCUAUAGAAACAAAGUAUUGUCUAUAGAUAUACUGUAGGUGUAAGCAUAGUAGUAAUUAGUAUAAACAAGUGGUGUGGCAAAGCCAAAAAAUAUCUUUAAGUCUGAUUUUAUUUUGUAUAUGUUUAAAAAAAAAUUAGCUAUAAACAUUGAAUUCAAUGUAAAAAAAUAAAUAAUUAUGUUGUUGGAAUUGACAACCUUGUGUUAAUCA